CUGCCUAGGGUUUUAAGAACAUUGAGAACCUACAGACGACUUUUUUUAAAUUUAUUUUGCAACAAAACUAGAUCUAAAAGAUUUCCCUUUUUUUAAUCGUUUUUUUUUAAUUAACGUAAUCGUUACAAUUAUUUUUGCUGAAGCUGCCCCCUUCUUCCCGACGAGACAUGGACAGUUUAAAACUUCUGGUCUUGGCGGUGGUCCUGGUUGCGCACGUGUACUGCGAUCAAGACUCGGCGGCUCCCAGCGAGAACCGGGAGCUCUGGUCCUCGGAGGGCUGGCAGGACGAACCUUCGGAGAACAGUCUGGCGAACCGGGUAGCGGAGAUAAUAAAGAGAUCCAAAUCGCACCAGUUCUACGGACUCAUGGGGAGACGCUCAGGGGUUCAGCAACCGGUUCCACUGGGCCGAAAAAGACACAGAGGGGAGAUGUUUAUAGGUCUCAUGGGGAGGAGGUCCUCCAGUGGAGAACUGCAAGAGGAACAGGACAGACCUCAGCUUUCUGAAAGAAGACGCAAAUAGAUACAGCACCACACCUUUGCCUUCUGCAACCCUCCCAUUCCUUCUGUUCACUUUAGGGCCCGUGGAUCUGCUCUUGUAAGACAUUCUACCUGCAGACAUCUUAAAAACACAUGGCCAAAGCCAUUCAGAUCACUAAUGGAAUGUACACGCUGGCCAAUUAAAAAUCGCGAAUGCCACGCCUUCAUCACCUUAAGACAAAUGGAGACUCCUCUGCUUUUUGACAACAUGAUGUGUGCUAAUACGUCAUCUCCCCCUCUUUGACCUUCAGUAGAAUAAAUCUGCUUUUCCACAUGUCGAGACAAUAAUGCAGUUAUACUGUCCAUGUAGCGAUAUUAAGUUCAUGCACGCUUUUGCAGUAAGUUUUCACAAUGUAAUCACAUUUCCAAUGGCCAUCUAGUGUGAGGUCAGUGUAGAAUAUGGCAUAGAUUAAUUCACUUUGGUUUGGACUCCAAAUUAGCAAAACACAGGUGCACUUAUUUUAAAGAAGCUGCCACUAGAUGUAAGUAAAAUCUCCACAGCUGGUAAAUUUUAACACUUUUUCUCCAUUUUGAUUCUAAUUUUGAGAUAAAUACAGUAGGAAGCAACAAAAACUGACCCAUCAACUCCACAUUUUGUAUUUCAAGUUAACACUCAAUUUACAAGUUUCCUUUUCCAGCUGUGACACUACUCCCAAAUCGACCAUCCACUUUAUAUAUCUCCUUUGUACUCUGCACCCAAAUGAUGUCUUAACAAACAGUUCAAUUCUAAAGUUUAUAUCCAUUUAAUUGCACUGUUCCAUUCAUUGUAGUUAUCACAAAUGUAUCUAGCUGAUGCUAUAAAUAAAAUGUAGAAACACUUUUAAUAAACUCCAUGUAACAAAAUAAAGACUUGAUUAAUUUA